UUUUCCUAUUUAUCACGCAACAUGUUGCGCAGGACGACAGCAGCAUGACAACAGCAGGACAACAUCAGGAUCACCGCCUGUCCGCAGCUACCAUCAGCGAGGAAAAUGAGGAGUUUCCGUCUCGGUGUAAUUUUCCUGGACCUCAUCGUCCUGGAUGGAGGACUUCUCCUCAGCUGGUGUCUCUUGCUGGCAGCUGCUGACUCUGCCUCUGCAGCAGACAGGACAAUCUCUGCUGUGGUUGGAGAUGAAGCUAUUCUGCCCUGUAAUGCUCAGAGAUUCCAGCCUCUGGAGGUGGUGGAGUGGAGCAGACCUGGUACAGACACAGAGUUUGUUCUCAUUUUCAAAACUCAAAACCCAGAUCUAGAAGUCCCGAAAAAAAGCUAUGAGGGUCGAGUAGAGCUGAAGGACAGUGGGAAAGGAGACAUGUCUUUGGUUCUGAAGAACGUGAGGGAUGAAGAUGGAGGAACGUAUCAGUGUUAUGUUCUGAGAGAAGGAAGACGCAGGAAGAGAGCCAAGCUUCAACCAAUCAGCACCGUCCACCUGAAAGUAGCUCCAGGUGGAGGACACCUUGGAGUGUCAGUGGGUGUUCCUCUGGCUGUUCUGGUUGUUCUGGCUGCUGUGUUUGCCUGGAAGAAGAGUUCAUUUCAUCCUCCUUCUUCUUACAGUGAAGCCGUAGAGACUGCUGAGGUCCGUCUAAAUGUUGAAGAUGACAGCUCACCAACCUCUGAUUCUUCACCUUUCUUAGAUGAAUGUAAUCCAGCCAUCAGGAACCCACAUCCUGCUGAUGCCGGUCCCAAGCCCGGAGAAAUGGGGAGGGUCAUGUGUGAGGAAGGACAUUCAACUAAUGAAGUUACAGAAACAUUAUUUCACCAAAAAUAAAAUAACAUCAUACUUUCAUUAUUACUGAGUUGAACCACUUCCAAGCCAAAGACUCUCCCCAUGUAAACAACUUUUGUCUCUGACAGAUUUUACUUCACUAAAUUACCAAAGAACCUCUGUUGAAUAAUAAGUUCACGGGUUAAUCUGGUGGUCAGUAGGUCUGUAACUGUGGUUCAUCUAAACCAGAGCAGAACCAGCAGAAUCAUGGGAUGUUCCAGACUAGAACAGGGGAGUUUCUGCAGAUCUUUUUCACAUGAAACAGGAGAGAAGAAAGGAGAUCUGCUGUGGAGUCAGGAGGACUGGUGAACAGGUUCUGCUGUCCUCGUUUGGACCGGUUUCCUGCAGUCUGGUCAUUAACCUCUUGGAUCAAAGUAGCAACACAUGUUGUCUCAGCCUGAUCUUCAUCUCAUCCUCUCUCCUCUUCUUCUUCUGAACCAGAAACAGCCAGAUAGAGCAGCAGUCAGAGCUUUGCUAUGGCUGACCAUGAAGUCUGAGGAAGGUCCGGUUCAGGUGUACUGACCCACAGUCUGGACCAGGUCUGGGUUUGGACUGGUUCAAUGGUUUCCUGCAGGAGUUCCUCUCUGCUUCUUCCUCUUUGUGUCUUUGUACCAGCAGAGAACAUUGUGGAAACUUUAGACCCGUCUUAUUUAUCAUCUGGACAGUCUGGUUUUACACCUGGACUUUGGUAAAGACUUGGGUUGGUUCUGCUGGUUCUGUGAAGCAUAAAAAGAUCAUCAGAGACUCUGAGAGGAAAUAGUUUGUAGUUCAGUCACAUCUGGAGCUGGAGGAAGGAGGAACAAGGACAGAAAGUAAAAUGCUGAGAGAAUUUAGACAUCCUACCACACAAAAGAUGAAAGUCUGAAGGACAGAGUCUGGUAGUUUAAUCAUGUUCAGGUCAAUAAAAAGACAUAUAAUAUGAGAUAUUAAUUUCAAAAUGUUGAUUGUUUAUCACAAUAAAUAUGUAUCAAUUGCUCUA